UCAACGGAAUCUCAAAAGAAAAAGGCCGUUUGGGGCCCAAAACAUUCGUUCCUCGGCGACGUGCUGCCUGCCGCCGACUUGGGCCCUGUCGCGCUACUCGCUCACUGGGCCGCCUGCCGGAGCCGGAGAGAGAGGAUGCCGGAGCUGCCGGAGGUGGAGGCGGCGCGGCGGGCGCUGGAGGCGCAUUGCGUGGGUCGGCGCAUCGCGCGCUGCGCCGUCGCGGACGACCCCAAGGUCGUCGUCUCCACCAGCCGCGUGGCCUUCGAGCGCGCCAUGGUCGGCAGGACCAUCGUCGCCGCGCGCAGGAAGGGCAAGAACCUCUGGCUCCGCCUCGACGCCCCUCCCUUCCCCUCCUUCCAGUUCGGAAUGGCAGGUGCAAUCUACAUUAAGGGUGUGGCCGUCACAAACUACAAGAGGUCGGCUGUCAGCACCGCGGACGAGUGGCCUUCCAAGUACUCCAAAUUCUUUGUUGAGCUUGAUGAUGGCUUGGAGUUUUCCUUCACCGAUAAGAGGCGCUUUGCAAGAGUUCGGUUGUUUGAUGACCCUGAAACUGUACCCCCAAUUUCUGAGCUUGGUCCGGAUGCUCUCUUUGAGCCGAUGUCUGUUGACAAUUUUGUGGACUCAUUGAGUAGGAAGAAGAUUGGAAUAAAAGCUCUUUUACUUGAUCAGAGCUUCAUAUCAGGCAUUGGUAAUUGGAUUGCAGAUGAGGUGUUUUACCAGUCAAGAAUCCAUCCAUUACAAAUUGCUUCGAGCCUAUCAAGGGAGAGUUGUGAAGCACUACACAAAAGCAUCAAAGAGGUCGUGAAAUAUGCUGUGGAAGUUGAUGCUGAUUGUGACCGUUUUCCAGUGGAAUGGUUGUUUCAUCACCGCUGGGGCAAGAAGCCUGGUAAAGUCGAUGGAAAGGAAAUUGAAUUCAUAACAGCUGGUGGAAGGACGACGGCCUACGUGCCACAACUGCAGAAGCUGACUGGCACCCAAUCUAACAAAAUGGUAGCGGCUAACCCAGGACAACUCAGUGCAGAUGGUGACGCCGCCAAUGAAGUAUUGGCAGAUGGAGAAGAUGAUGAUUUGAAACCACGAAAGAGAGUUGCAACAUUCAGGGCUGUCAGGGGACAGCAAAAGAAGGAUGCCAUAAGUGCUCCCUCCAGAAAAACAAGGAAAAAUGUUGGUGGCAAGGAGAAACCGAGUAUUGAACAUAUCGAAAAUGAAGAUGUUGACACCAUGGGACCAAAUAAAAUUGGCAGCACUAGCAAUGACGAGCAUGGUUUGGACAAACCUACUGCUAGGGCGGGCAAGAUACCAGAUCGGGUAACAAGGAGGAAUAAGAUGAAGCCCAGCAAAUAGUAAAUCAGGAGCGGGAGAGAGAGAGAGAGAGAGAGAGAGAGAAGAAAUCCAGUGUGUAUGCUCCACGAUCAAACGUCAUUUUGGUGUACAUAUAUGCUGCAUACAUGCUAGCUUGAUGCUAGCAACUUGCCAGUGGAUAUGAAACCAUUUGAAAAUCUUCCGAAUCGUGCACCUUUGUCUCUAUUUUCUGAA